UUGAGGUUCUGGGGCCGAGGUCGUGGUCAGAGGAGUAUGGGAGGUGAUUGAUACAUGAUCGAUCGCCUUGGCUACGCAUCAUCACGACGAAAAGCCCCUUCCCCCGCGAACGAUGACGACAAUAGCAAAGCGGCUGUGCAGGGAUGGAAUUGGAUUUGGGUGAAGAGCAUGGGAGACCAGCUUAUGCUGUUGCAAAAUAUGGUGGGAGUUGUUAAUGGACCAGGAAGGGGAGGAGGUUGGGGUAUUGACAAGAGGAGGGAAUGCCGAAAGGAACUACUGGGCGAGGGGGACGACCUUGUGCCACGAUUGCUUCGACGACGACGUCAGACGCGGGCUUUUGAGAUGGGAUAUGGACGAGACCGAAAACUGUCUUUGUGGAGGACGGUCCAGGUCUGGGUAGUCAUGUCUUCCACGCGGGACCGAGAGGAUGGGGUUUCUGCGGACGAUGCUGGGGAGACAUCGUGGGCUCUGGAGUUAUUGAGUUGUGUGCUACCAGGACGGGCAUCGACGUGUGUUGGGUAUCAGCGGGGUUGAUAACACGCUGCCUGCGAACGAGAGAUGGACGAAGCCGAUGACGGUAUUUUUGCUGUCGUUGUUGGGGAAUGGUGCUGAUGUAAGAGGAGGGAUCUCUACGCGGUGCGAUUAGGUUACGAAGGAAGAGGUUGGUUUAGAUGAGGAGAGUCAGGGUCUCGAGGCCUGGGCUAUCGCUGACUUGUAUCGGUUGG